AUUCUCUUCUUCAAAUAAACACACAAACACACCAACUUCACUCAUUCAAACCCAGUUUGGAUCACCAAAAACAGAGAAAGACACAUACUUACAUACAUACAUACAUAAAAUGGGGUGCAGAAACAGAGAGCUCACAGAAGAUGGUCCCCUUUCUUCUUCUUCUUCUUCAUUAAGCGACGCCUUGCUGUUUGCGACCAUGUGCAUCAUUGGUCUCCCAGUUGAUGUUCACGUCAAGGACGGCUCUGUUUACUCCGGAAUCUUCCACACUGCUUCUGUGGAAAACGAAUACGGCAUUGUUUUGAAGAAAUCAAGGAUGACUAAAAAGGGAAAAGCUGAUGCAAAUAUACCAAAUGGGGAACUGAUAGAGACUCUUGUGAUUCUUUCGGGUGACCUUGUCCAAGUUGUUACAAAGGGACUUUCACUUCCGGCUGAUGAUGUUGCUGGAAAUAUGUCUGGUGACAGAAUUGAAGCUGUUGCGGGUACUGUUUCGUCUGAUGAGUGUUCAAAGAAUAGUGUGAAGAAGUCAAGUGAGUCGAACAUAAAUAAGAAGAAAGGUGGAAGGGUGCUAAUGGAAAAUGGGAAUGGCUGUCAUUGUGUUACACCCACAAGAGCUGGCAAGGAACAUGGUGGGAGAAAUAUGCCACUGAAUCAUAUUGAGAAUGCCUCAGAACUUGUAAAAGAGAAAACUGAUAGUGUAAACUUAUCAGAGAUUAGAGAAUCCUUUGGUGCUAGCAUGAAUAGGAGACAGGAGGAUGAUGGGUCUCAAGGGAAGCAGGAUGAUUUCAACCAAAAACUAGAGGUUCAUAGGGAAGAAAGCGCUGACAAUGUUCAGGAUACAAAGAUGACAUCCAAGCCAUUUCCUCUCAGAGUAUCUUGUGAUCCAUCUACUACAAUUGUUCGACGAGACAUUCAGUUCUGUGAAAGGAAAACUUCAGAAUACACUUCUUCCAGUUCAAGUGUUGUUUCUUCAGGUUCCUCAACUUUGUUGAAUCCAGCUGCUAAUGUCUCAAGUCGUAAUUCAGAACCAACAUCAACUGCAAUGAUCCCUCAUGAUUCAGAGUUAAAUAAAAGUGGCAAGGAAUUUAAGCUCAACCCAGGAGCAAAAGUAUUCUCGCCAUCUUUCACAAAGCCCACAGCAGCCACCUCUCCUGCACUGCCAGCAGUGGCAAGCAUGGGCAUGGGUUUUAUACCAACCAACUGCCCUGUGAUACCUGGUCCAACCGUCCAGCCAGAAGUUGGAUCGAAUCCUUUCCAAUCCCGUACAUCUGUGCCUGUUAAGGUUGUCCCAUACAAUAAUUUCUCAACUGGGAACGGUGGUGGUGCCUCGCAAUUUUCACAACCUAUUGUUGGACACAUGAGCAGUAGGGCGCAGACAGUUAGGUAUGCUGGUCAGUAUCCUGUUCAGGCUGGACCGACCUAUGUACAUCCAAAUUCUCAAGCUGCUAUGGUAGGACGAUUUGGACAGCUUGUCUAUGUGCAUCCAGUUUCUCAAGAUUUGGUUCAGGGUACACCAGCCAUGUCACCACUAUCUGCAUGUCCUAUGUUGACUCCACACCAGGUCCAGUUUCCGAAGCACCAAGGAACUGCAGGCCAAUCAUUGCUGUGUGUGCCUCCGCAGUUCAUGGCUACUGGACAGCAGCCUUUUCCCAUUGCCAAGUCACAUCCAAUUUUUGCAACCUCCCUUCCGUUCUAAUUGUUUCAUCCGACUUCCAGGUUCUAAUGAUAUCUUCCCCAAGUUUGGUGAACAUGUUUUCUCACUCAUGACAUCAGCUUGGAUUUCCCUUUAGUUACAUAUAUAUUCAUUUUAUUACUACAAAGUUUUGGCCUUGAGUUUUUUUGCUGGACAGUAGUCCAUUCAGGUUGUUCCUCUAUACAUAGUAAGCUAGACAACUUUUUUACACAAGGGAAUCUGUCGAUCCAUAUUUUAGGGGGAUGAAGCUUCAUUCAAUUUCUUUUCUUUCUAUAAACAGAAAGGGAAUGAAUAAUUUUGAGAAGAGUGCAACAUGUAAAGUAUUUGAAAGAGACAGAUGGACUGAUUUUGUUGAUUUUAAAUUUCAUAGUCCCUGAUGUUUAUAUCUUCUGAUUUGUUGGAAGUUUUGCCAUUGUGUCGUGGAUGCUUCGUUUAUAAAUUGUAUGAACCU